GGGGAAGGCUCCGGUCUCUCAACUUCUAGCCUGGCACUUGUAGUCCGCAAGCAGCACCCGAACACCAAGAGGCCAACCGUCCCCUCUCUUCCAGCCGGUCAUCCAGGCGCUCUGGGGGUCUCUCUGACGUUGCCCGGGGGUCUCAGCCUGUUUGUUCAUGUGGUAACCCAAAAAGAUGAGGCUGAGAACCCGGAAGGCUUCUCAGCAGUCACAUCCAGUCCAGACCCAACGAACCGUCAGGGCCAGAAGGGGCAAAAGGAAACACUCAGAGGUGGAGGAGCGCCUACCCGUGGACGGAGAAAAAACCCAGAAGAAAGAACCUGGCUUGUUACCAGCCAUCAAGAAGUUCAUUAAAGGAAGCACACCCAAGGAAGAGAGAGAAAAUCCCACAAAGAGGAGUAGACUUGAACGCGAUAUAGAUAACAACUUGAUCACCUCAACCCCACGGCCCGGAGAAAAACCCAACAAACAGAUAUCUCGAGUAAGACGGAAAGGUCAAGUAAACGGAGAAGCCGGUAGUUAUGAAAUGACAAACCAACAUGUAAAGCAAAAUGGAAAAUUAGAAGAUAAUCCCACUCCUGGCAGUCCUCCGAGGACAACGUUACUGGGGACCAUAUUUUCUCCCGUCUUCAACUUUUUCUCACCAGCAAAUAAAAAUGGCACAUCGGGAUCAGAUUCGCCCGGACAGGCUGUGGAAGCCGAAGAAAUAGUGAAGCAGCUUGAUAUGGACCAGGUGGAUGAGAUCACCACCAGUACAACCGCCUCAACCAACGGAGCCGCUUACUCCAGCCCAGCGCUUCAAGUCAGGCCUACCAUCAACAACGGUUUGGAGGAAGUGGAGGAGGCUGCUGACCGAGAUGUCCCACCUCUUACAGGGCCAGUAUCUCCAGACAGCGGUUAUUCAUCAGCACACGCAGAAGCCACCUAUGAGGAAGACUGGGAAGUUUUUGAUCCCUACUACUUCAUCAAGCACGUUCCCCCACUGACAGAAGAGCAGCUGAACAGGAAGCCCGCCCUACCCUUGAAGACACGGAGCACGCCAGAGUUCUCGCUAGUCUUGGAUCUGGAUGAGACGCUGGUGCACUGUAGCCUAAACGAACUCGAAGACGCUGCCCUCACCUUCCCGGUCCUCUUCCAAGAUGUCAUUUACCAGGUUUAUGUGCGAUUACGGCCGUUCUUCCGAGAAUUCCUGGAACGCAUGUCUCAGAUUUAUGAGAUCAUUCUUUUUACUGCUUCUAAGAAGGUGUAUGCAGACAAGUUACUGAACAUACUAGACCCUAAAAAGCAGCUGGUCAGGCACCGACUUUUCCGGGAGCAUUGUGUCUGUGUACAAGGGAACUACAUAAAAGACUUAAAUAUCCUCGGAAGAGAUCUUUCAAAAACGAUCAUAAUCGACAAUUCACCACAAGCCUUCGCAUAUCAGCUUUCCAACGGAAUCCCUAUUGAGAGCUGGUUCAUGGAUAAGAACGAUAACGAGCUACUGAAGUUGAUUCCCUUUCUGGAGAAGCUCGUAGAGCUGAACGAGGACGUCCGGCCUCACAUCAGAGACAGAUUCCGCUUGCAUGAUCUGUUGCCCCCAGACUAAAACCCAGGCCUCUUGUCACAUCACUGAAGGGGGAGAAAAUGCGGGACCCUCUGGGACUGAAAGAAAAACAUUGCCAUUACUGUUGAAAUUUUGCAUUUUUGUACCCCGCCUUGCUUUUCUUAUCUUUGGGGCCCAACAAUAAUCCAGGGUUCCGGAGAGAAACUUUCUAGAUCUCAGCCCGAAUACAGCCAAGUAGGUAGGCGAGAACAGAAGAGUCUGUAGAACUAGUGCAACUCCAGUGCAACUUUUAUAUGUCCGGGACAUCUGCAGGUUAUAAAGAGUUCUGUUUCUGCCACCAGCAGUUUGACCUGUCCAAACACAGGAUUUUCUGAAAACAACAGAGCCGAAAAUGGACUUGGGUUUUCUCUCUGUUUGGUGCUCCAAGUGGGUUCGUCGCCACUUUUCGGUUACUUUAAGAUUCUCAUUUCAACAGGAAUGGCCAGUAAAAGCUGUUUUAUUUUUCCUGUUAAGGUUUAUAACCUUUUUACACUUUUGACCUGUAUUAGGCUAGGAUUUCAUUAUGCAUUCCUUUCUCGUCGAGGCGCUUCAUAGUUCUCUGGAAAGAGCCCCGUUUUAGUUUUCUCUUAUCCGACGGAAUGGCCGUUUUCCUGCUUCGUCUGCCUGCAUACUGUAUAUUUGUUUCAGAGUACUCUCUAGUUUUAGUCCAUGUAAGUUUCAUUUAAAAAAAACUCUGCAUUUAUCUAUUUUUUUCCGCUCCCCUCCCGACCUCCCCCCCCCCCCCCCCCCCCCCGCCAUGCUCCUCUUCUCCUCUCCCCUCCACCGCCCCCUCACCGGUAAUCUUCUACCGCAGUAGGAGUCUUUUCAAAAACUCAAGCGACUGGGUAGGUAGGACUGUACGAACGACCGACGCUCAAAAGGUUUAGACCAUUGUGAUGGCAGGUAUUCCCGACCCGGAAAAAAAAAAACACAAAAAAAAGAAAAAACAAAAAUCUCUGGCCGCAGCACCUCCAUUCGCCUGACAAGACGUUACCUCAGACUCCACCGCACGUGCGCAUCUUGGAGGAGGAUGAGCUUGGUCCUGUUGGGCGUGAUGUCACGUGGUUCCCGCCACCUUCAGAUUUCCUCUGGGAGGGAAGUAUUCUGCACAGGUGGCUCAGUAUUCUCUCUCUGGCGGGCGGCGGGGGGCCGGCGGGUCCCCCGCUCCGCCCCGGAUCACAAUCAAUCUGCCCUCCAGGGCGCGGCCCUGGGGUGGGGGCCCGGGUGUGGGGUUUCGGGGUGGGGGGAAGGGCCCGGCGGGGGGGCCGACACACGAUCAUAGUGGUUUUCUAGGCUCUCCGGAAAUGGUCUCCGGGCCUUGGUUCUCUAAUGCAGCGGCCAGAAGAGGUGGAUAUUUUUAUAACGGGCUGUGUGUCCUCUCCUUUUCAGGAGACUUUUUAUGGAAGGUAGAAUUUGUACAAGUUUAGCGUGCUUUGCCUCUCGACUGCAUUACCACACCACUGGCUCAGACUGUUUUGUGUAAAGGAUGUCAAAGGACGGCACUUUUUCUAAAGAGAAGUUUGAUAUUUUGUAUGCUUGUUAAGAAAGUACAGUAUUGGAAAAUUAAAGGUGGACAACUGAUCAUUGAGAAGUAUGUCGAUUAAUUUUUUAUGUAUAUUACCUGUUGUACAACUUUAUUGUACAAAUUACAUGCAGCUUCAUUUUCCAAUGAGUCCUUAAAAUAAGGAGAAUCUUUUUAGGAAAACACUUAAUUUUUGUAUUUUUGAUUUUAAAAGGCAUGAGUUAUGUCAAUUUUUCAGUGUAUUAAUGAAGAUUUUAACUUUUCAUCAGGUUGAGUGUUUUCUUACUCUAUUCUCUGUUGUGUGUGUAGUUAGCUCAUUGUGUCGCUGAACUGUUUAAAGAUUUAGCAUGUAGAGCGGGCCUGCUUUGUGGAAAAUCCUGAUUCAUUAAAAGUAGUCGUGGCAGAUUUUCUGCAGAAAAGUGAGAGCAUUUGCAAUUCGGAAAACCAAUUUUUUUUGUAUUUAAAGAAAGGUAUUUUGCUUGCAGGAAAAAUACUACAGAUUCAUUUUAAUGAGAAUCUUAGAAAUGUAUUUAUCUCUAGGGCAUCUGGACAUCUUUACGCUGUUUGUCUUCUGUCUUUGUUGAAAUAAAAUGUACAUAACGUCGCCUUAA